UUGCGUGUGCGCGGGGCGUCACCAGUGGCAGCCUGUUGCUCUGAUCAAUACAUACCCGUCCGAUUUCUUAACAACAAGUGGACCUCGGGAGUAGAAACUAUUUUUAGGAUGUACUGUAGGCUCAUGUACCCCGAACCCAACUUUUACGGUGGCUGAUGAUUUGGUAGUGCUUCGGGCAGAGGGUUGUGGCGUCAAGGAACUGCCACACACGCCCACGGUAUCAGAAAGUAGCGGGAACCUUCUCUCUUGGCUUACCAAAACGGACGAGGUGUAGUUUUGUGGGAGAUGUUGAUGUUCGAAUGCUGGAGACAAGUCGAUCCGUAGUGAGCGUCUGUGAUAGUGGUUGAUUCUUUCAGUGGUUGUGAUGAGUGUGGUUGAGUAAGGGAUAACCGUACAAAGACAGUCGCGGGAGUACAGCUCGGAGGACAUCGUGCGUGAGAUAAUGUCUAGCAUCCUGCUUACAAGUGAACGCACCCUGAGGAUAUGUGCUACAAGUGAGGGAACGGCGGUGCCUGUCUGACCUACAGCAUUGCUCUGGAAACUAAAAACUUGGAUACUUCAGAGAGAGAGGAAAGUGAGUGAUGGCUACAGCAGGCAUGGUGAGCAGCGAGUCAGGAGGGCCACUCUGUGGUACUCUAUGCUGGUGAGGGUUAAGGCGUAACAAAAGCAGUAGGACCACGGUGUUUCCCAACCAAUGUGACCCACGCCCGCCCGUCUGCCCUGCCACCAUCACCAAAUAACCACCCACACACGCCCACCACGCCACCACACUCCCACAUGUUUGACGGUACAGCUCCCAACGUCGUCACACCAGACGCCAUGAAUGACGGUCGCAGGUACAGCAUGCUGGAGACAGCGAUCGCCAUGGCCGGGGUGUUGAACGACGAGCCGGACUUCUCCACCUUUGAGAACAAGACGGGACUGGCGGAGGACAUGAAGUUCCUCGCGUCCAUGCCUGAACUGUGUGACGUGACCUUCCUCGUGGGAGACACGCGCGAACCUGUCUGUGCAGUGAAGGCUGUGCUGGCCGCCCGCAGCAGGGUGUUCCACAAGCUGCUGUAUAACUCGUACUCGCCACAGAAGAAGAAGGAGCCAAUGAGCAGGGAGAAGAAGAUCAAACUGUUCCUCAAGAGAUCCUCUGAACCACUGAUGAACCUGCAGGGUCAACAGCAAGGAAGGCAGGGACGUUCCGGCUACACGCACAAGCUGGACACCAUCCCCGAGCCACAAGGCAACGUCCACCAGACACUGAUUGUGGAGGAGUUCGAGCCAGACGUCUUCAGGCAGUUGAUUGAGUACAUCCACACCGGCUGUGUCACCCUCCAACCCCGCACCCUCCUAGGCCUGAUGAACGCGGCGGACUACUAUGGGCUGGACGAACUACGGAAGGGGUGCUCCGGGUUCGUCCAGUGCUGCAUCAACGUGGACACCGUCUGUGCCCUCCUCGCCUCCGCUGAACGAUACAUCCAGUACAAGUGUACCAAGUCCAUGGUACAGAAGGUGCUGGAAUUUGUGGACGAGCAUGGCAACGAGGUGCUCAAUCUGGGCUCCUUCACCCUCCUGCCGCAGCACGUGGUCAGGCUCAUCAUGGCCAGGGAGGAGCUGCGUGCUGACGAGUUCACCAAGUUCCAGGCUGGUCUGAUGUGGUCCAAGAAGCACUGCGACAACCAGCCCAACACCGACCUGAAGGAGGUGAUCGGGAACUUCCUCGAGUACAUUCAGUUCUACAAGAUCCCGGCCAACAUUCUCAUGAAGGAGAUCCACCCGCUGGGCCUCGUGCCUUACCACAUCAUUAUGAACGCCCUUGCCUACCAGUCGGACCCCCCUUGAAACAUGUGGGUAAUACGUGUGCGGGUGAGGUGGGCCAGCACACCGCCUGCCCCACGCUAGGCCACCGUCGACCCCAACCCACCUCCCGCGACCAGAGACUAAGUUCUCCACUUUCUCAUCUUUACAGCACACAGAAUCAAGUUACAACUGGUUGUAUGUACUGAUUUCCACAACAAAAAAUAUUUAUAUAAAUGUCAUCACAUGUAAGUCAUAUUUGUUUAGUCCAAAUUGUUGAAGGAAGAAGUUUGUUUCAGAUAAUCCUUUAAAUAAUACCAAUGUUUUUGACGUUUGAAAAGAAAAAAAAAACACGAAUUAUAUUUGAUGAAGUAUACUGUACUGUAUAUAGAAAACCAAAUUUGUAUCUAGACAACAUGUACAACUGAAAUAAUUAUACUGUACAAGCACUGUGUAAAGGAAACGCCAUUGUCACUACAGUAUAAGGAAGUGUACGGGUGGCGGGACACAGGUGUGGCCCUCACAGGUGUAGUCCUCGCACACCGGGCGGUAAAGGAACACAGGUGUGGCCUUCACAUGCCAGGUGGUAACGUAGCACAGGUGUGGCCCUCACAUGCCAGGUGGUAACGGAACACAGGUGUGGCCGUCACACCAGGUGAUAACGGAACGCAGGUGUGGCCCUCACAUGUCAGGGGAUAACGGAACACAGGUGUGGCCCUCACACACCUGGCAGUGACGGAACACAGGUGUGGCCCUCACACACCAGGCAGUGACGGAACACAGGUGUGGCCCUCACACUAGGCAGUGACGGAACACAGGUGUGGCCCUCACAUGCCAGGGGGUAACGGAACACAGGUGUGGCCCUCACACCAGGCAGUGACGGAACACAGGUGUGGCCCUCACACACCAGGCAAUGACGGAACACAGGUGUGGCCCUCACACACCAGGCAGUGACGGAACACAGGUGUGGCCCUCACACACCAGGCAGUGACGGAACACAGGUGUGGCCCUCACAUGCCUGGGGAUAACGGAACACAGGUGUGGCCCUCACACCAGGCAGUGACGGAACACAGGUGUGGCCUUCACACACCAGGCAGUGACGGAACAAAGGUGUUGCCCUCACACCAGGCAGUGACGGAACACAGGUGUGGCCCUCACACACCAGGUAGUGACGGAACACAGGUGUGGCCCUCACACACCAGGCAGUGACGGAACACAGGUGUGGCCCUCACAUGCCAGGGGAUAACGGAACACAGGUGUGGUUCUCACACACCAGGCCUACACUGUUCCUCAGCCAUUUAUCACCUGCUCCACUGUUAACACGUGACUCAGUCUCCACUCACCACACGGCUGAGGUGUGUUCACUCCAAUAUGCGUCUGCUGCCUCUUGGUGGAUCAUGUUAGGGGUCAAUGGUGGUACGAUUCUGUUUUUUUAUUCUAAGUGUGCGUGUGUGUGUGUAAAGAAAGGUUUCUAGUGUGUUUCUGGGACAAUAAUCACUGCAGUGCCAACUAGGAACACACACACACACACACACACACAUACAUACAUACAAGCUCCAAAAAAGUACCGAGCCAUCUUUGAACCUCUACCAUGGUCUCUUAAAUCUAUUGAGAUAGUCAUAAUAUUGUGUACAAAUUCCUAUUCAUAAAGGGACUUCAUUCAUUUCCAUCGCUCGUGACAUAGAGGCACUGGUUAGGUUCCAUCACCGAGAGAUUCAUUGUGACAAAGACUCCUCCUGGCCAACCACCUGUAUCAUCCACAAGUUUUAAUAUUCACAUGUGUACCUGUUGUCAAUGUGUCAUUCAGCAAGGAAACAUUUGUAAAUAACCCUCAUGUAUUUUAUCACUUGCUGAUGACUACAUAUCUGAUAUCACUUCACCUUUGUUAACUAUUUCCGUAUGCGUAAGCAGUUUUAUAAGAGAGGCACAACUGUACUUCUUUAUUUGUGUUCUUGUUUCUCUCCUUUAAGCUUCCUGCUAGCUACUAUCUUCGAUCUUUUACCCUAAUGUAAAAGUUUUGUCGUCUAGAAAUAAGUCGAUUGGGUGCAUUUGUACAGUUUGUUGGGUGCAGUUGUUCAGCCGCUGAACACCAUGUGUGGUAAGGACAUAUAUCUGGGCUUGACAUGGAACUCCUUUGAAAAAAGAUUUAACCUCAAAAUGACAACCUACACAGGUAUGACACAACCUUGCUGUAGGCUGUUCGUUUCGGAACAACAUAUCUCCGUUGAUCCCAUUCGUUCAUAGGAAAGUUUUAGAAAAAAAGCCUCAACACAGACACCCCCGUCACUUGCUAAUCGACUGAAUAAGAGACCUACCUCUCUUAUCCACUCCCGUUGAUAGCGUUUAAAGUCAAUUAUUAUAAAUUCUUGUUUGUUUUCGUUCUUCCUCAUUUCCGCACGAGGCUGGGUAGGUCAGUUUCCCUCUGCUCCAAUGAAUUUGAGACUAUUUUUGAGUUUUGAGUUGCCCCUUAAUCGGAGCCUUCAUUCACAAAAAAUCUGUACGUUCACCCUAACUGGUGUUUGCUGGAUGUAUCGAGUAGUGUAGAGUCUCGGCGGAAUUUUUAUACUAUUUUGGAUGUUUUAGUUAAUGUUAGAUAGACGGCCCACAAUUAUUUGGUCUUCUAAUGUAAAGUGAGUAUUUGUCACCCCGCUUACACUAGAUAUAUCAGCCACAGUUUGGCACACCUCUCACACUGAUAAUUUCCUUACUAACAGUAAACCAAAUUUGCAAAAUAAGAAUCAAUUAGAAUUAUUUAAGAAUGGUGUUGAUCUUUUGGGUUUUAUGUUUAAUACAGUAUGAAAAAAAAUCUUAAUAAAAUAAUCCUUAUGCAACCUAAAGAAUUUGUUUUCUAGAAUAAAUGUAAAGUGAAUGGGAAUUAAGGUACUUAUUUAUAACUGCAUGCAAUGCGAAACAACUAAACUUAACCAAAAUAUAAGAGUGAUACAGUAAUUUGUUUUCUGUUAAAUGUGGUCAUAAAUGAUGACUGCUGUGACGGUUGAUUAGAAACAGCUGUCACCUUUAGCAAGUUCGAGCCCGAAGGCACUUCCACUCCACGAGUUGGGAAAGUAAAGGCGGUCGAAUGCAGUGCCGGUCACGCUGCCUCCUUGUGUACUGAAGGCUUAGUGUGUGCUAUGUCCACACUGUCCCUAACGGGCCGCCAUGCCAAUAGGACGCAGUUUUACUGUCACAUGAAGUUUGUUUGCAAGACCGUGGCGCUACAUGGUCGCCUUAUUUUCUAAUGUCACUCGUGUUGUGUGUAAAGCAUUGUUGAAUAGUAUGCCAAUGAACUCCAGAGUGCAUAAAGCUUAUGUUGGUGACAGACUUCAAAUAAUCUGAAGAUUAGACCCCAACUUCUUUUACUUUAAAAUUAACUUAACCUAACUUAACCUAACCUAACCCAAAAUAAAAUAUCAUAACAACAUAACCUAUCCUAACAUAACCUAACUUAACCUAACCCUUCAGGUAGAGUUAAGGUGUUUAAUCAUCAGGUGAAAUAAACUCGGGAGGAUUGGGUGCUAAUGUUCAGGUGAUCCGAGACGUCUUAUAUUUCGUGCUGUGUUCAUUAUGGUGCCCUCAAAUACUAUGUUUAGUAUGAUACCCUCAAGUGCUAUGUCUAGUUUGAUAUCCUCACAUACUAUGUUUAGUAUGAAGCCUUCAAGUGCGACGCUACCCAUUGCUUUAUUAGAUAAUUUUCCUUACAUUUAAGAGAUUUCACCCUUUACUUUAGCUAACGUCUUACGAAGUUACCUGAUAAAGUUUGUCAGCAGGACAUGAUAACAUCUGAUCGCUAUACGUAAUAACAUUGGCGGCUUUAUUCGAUAACCUUUCUUAGAUCUACCUGCUUUUAUGUAAUAGAAAUAUUUAUGUAACUCUUUUUGGUAGUUGUAUUUACUGUGUAGGGCAGAAUCUUGUAAAAGGUCUACAAUCUACAUGAUCACAGCUAAGCCACUCAAGAAGCCUCACUGAUGUCUUCGAGCCAACAAUUAAUAUUACUAGAUUUGUAAUUGACGAUCAGAGGUUCUUUUAUGUUUUGCUUUAUCUCUUUAUUUGAUUACUUCUUCCAAUGAAUAUUAGUUCCCUAGAGAAAUAUCCUUGUGAAUUAAGUCUUCGCCAUCUGUCUAUCACUAAACUAAGUCGGUUUAGUAGCGCUGUGCCUUCUGUCUCUACCAACUCUUUUAGAGUAGGCUAUUAACUCCCUCUUCCCUAAGUUACAACAAGUCUAACAAGAGCAGUUGAGAGUGUAAUUUCAAAAGGUGUAGUUGAGCUGUAUGGGAAAGGGAAGUUAGAUAUACAAAGCAAGAAAUACUUAAUUGUGGGUAAGGAGGGCGACGUUGUUAAUUAAGAAGAAAACUAAUAUUGCAGGAAUUGAAGGAGUUAACAUUAUUCUGAAGGGCAGAUGAUAUAAUAAAAAGAGUUGGUAUGUUAUCCAGGGAACAAAGUCUUUAGUUAUGUAAUUUUCAAAAUAUAGAGAUAUGAGUAUAUGACAUCACACUGAUGAAGCCUUCAGGGGCUCGGUAUGGUUAUAGCGACACAUCCCAUACUCUAAUAGUGAUGGCGUUUUCAUUAUUCCCCAUAAGACUUUAAUUAUGUUGUAAUGACCUCACAAUAUACGGAACAGUUGAAAUACAGAAGUACUGAUUCAUAUAUAGAUUCAAAUUCAUAUUAUGUACACGAAACGGGAGGUAUGUUGUGGUACGGCGUAGAGACUGUAUAAACAAGGUCAUGGAGACUGCUCCAGACACCGGGUGAAGCACAACACAAAAACUGAAAUUAUAAUUUUUUCACAAAAGGAAGCCACAUGAGUUCAGAAUUGACACGAUAUUGCAAGUAGAGUGUGUGUGUGUGUGUGUGUGUGUGUGUGUGUGUGUGUGUGUGUGUGUGUUCGUAUCUAGUGAAUUUACUGGCGAAAACAUCAGUGUUAUACCAUCUUUGAACAGCUACAGUCACCUUACGGGUUCAAAGUUGGCACUACAUUUAUUUUUGGUCCUUAUUCCUUACACACACACACACACACACACACACAGGCUCUAAAAACAGUGUCUUGCCAACUUCUAACAUGUCAAUUGCUUAAGCUGUUACAAGGUGACAGGAACAAAGCUUCCUCCUACUGGUAACAGUACACGCUGUAGAAUGUGUGUUGAAGGGGGCCGCAAGUGACAACGGUACGGAGAUAAAAAUAAGAAUGCAUUAAGAUCCUCGACAGCUGUGUGUGGUCGUGUUCAUUUAGUGAGAUAUGCGAGUCAACAUGUACUUCGUAAUCCAACUGAGUAUGAAGCUUGAUCCAUUUUUUUUAUCAAAAUCUUCAUCUACUUAUCCAUCUGUAACCGUACCUCUCAUCUCUCCUUGCCUCUUCAUUAUUAAGUAGGAGUUUCAUCUUUCAUUUCAAGUAUUCAUAGCAUAAAAUCCAACUUGGUAGUACAUGCAAUUAUUAUUACGUGUUUAGGUCAUUUUAAAACAUUUGACAAUGUUUAACUUUCUUAAUGUUUUUUUAUGUCGAUGUAUAUGUAUCACUGUUAAUCGUAACUCGAUUCUGUGCCUGAUUGUAUUUGAUGUGCAACAAUAAAUUAGAUGAAAUUAAA